GCGCAGCAGACAAGCAGCAGAGUUGGUGCGAACAUCUUCGACUUCUCAAACGAAAAACACUUAAGCUGCUCUGCCCACCGAAAUGCCUUGGGACUGCUCACUGUUUGGGAGGAUUGUGUUUCGGAUUUAGCAUCUGGUGGCUGCGGAGAAGAUGACAAAGUGUAAAGCGAGCAGCGAAGGGAAAAGUGUGCCUUCUUUGGAGCUGAACGGGUCGUGUGCCGCAACGUAGAAUUCGGAGCGCACCAAGGCCAGCAGCAGCCUGUAGCUGUAGUUAGCUGGUCGGCUAGCUUACUUAGGUUACAGGUGUUUUGAUAGCAAAACACAUAAAAGUUGUAGCUGUAGAUUACUGUCAACAAGUUAGGGUUAUAUUUAUUGACGUAACACUGUCCCAAACGUGCCUGCUUUUCCUUUGUAGUAAAAGUUACAAGUCUAAUACUGACUAAUAUAGUUAUUAGCCGUUAGCUUUUUAGUUAGCUGCUGGUCCGUGUUUACAGCAGGCUCGGCAGCAGGCUAGCCGAGUUAGCCAUCAAGCUAGCGAGUUAACUUUAUUGCUACAUGUGCUUGUUUUCUGUUUUAGCUAAUUUUUCGUUGUUAAACGCGACUUGACUUUGGACCUACAGUGUUGUUUGGCUUUACCCUUGGUAUUUAUAAACAAACCAGUGAAACUUUACCACCGUGCCUGCUGCUACGGACUGACCCACCCAUAAGUACUAUCUAUCCGGGGCCGAUGCUGACGGUUCAGCCCGGAUCACGGCAACGCCAGGAGCCGCUGAAGCAAUGCAGCCCCAGCAAAUCUACGACCUGUCGUUUGACAACAACAGUAACAAAUGGAAAGGCCUCUUCGUGCAAGCUCUACGAAAGGUACAGGAGCAGGUCCACCCGACCCUGAUAGCAAAGGAGGAUGCCCUGCAGUAUGUUGAAGAGCUGAUUCUGCAGCUGCUCAACAUGCUGUGCAUGGCCCAGCCUCGCACGGUGCAGGAUGUAGAGGACCGCGUGCAGAAAACAUUUCCCCACCCUAUAGAUAAAUGGGCGAUUAGUGAUGCCCAGGCAGCUGGUGAGAAACGUAAGAGAAGAAACCCCUUACUUCUCCCUGUGGACAAGAUCCACCCAAUGCUUAAGGAGGUUCUGGGCUACAAAGUGGACUAUAACGUUUCCCUGUACAUCGCUGCAGUGCUUGAAUACAUAGCAGCAGACAUACUCAAACUGGCAGGGAACUAUGUCAGCAACAUUCGUCACUAUGAUAUCACCCAGCAGGACAUCAAGGUGUCCAUGUGUGCAGACAAGGUCCUGAUGGACAUGUUUGACCAGGAGGAGGACAUUGGCUUGAUGUCACAGUGCACAGAUGAACCCUUGUCUUCUGGAGAGCAGACAUAUGAUGACCUGGUGAAGUCUGAAAUUGCAGAGGAGAGGCAAUAUCUGAGAGAACUCGACCUUAUUGUCAAAGUGUUUCGGCAGCAUUUUGUGUGCAACCCUCAUAUAUUCUCACCCCAGCUUGUUGAGAAGGUCUUCAGUAACAUCAUGGACAUCCAUGAGUUGACAGUGAAGCUUCAUGGACUCAUCGAGGAUGCAGUAGAGAUGACCGCUGACGACAGUCCUCAUCCACUGGUGGGCAGCUGCUUUGAAGAUCUAGCAGAGGAGCAGGCAUUUGACCCCUAUGAAGGCCUGUGCCAGGAUGUCCUCAGUCCGACGUUCAACCAGCACCUCGAAAGUCUGGUGAAAAGUCCCGAAGCUCAGAAGUAUCUUCAGUCAGUUGCAGACGGUUUUCCUGAAAUUGUGCAGUACGUCCUUCCCCAGCUGAUGUUAAUACCUGUGCACCACUGCAAGCGCUACUUUGAGCUGCUACAGCAACUUCAGGACCGCAGUAAAGACGAAGAUGACAAAGAAUUUUUGAAACAGGCCGUUACAGCGUUACUCCACCUGCAGGGUAGCAUAGAGCGUAGCUGUGCCAGGAGCAUGUCUCGACUCAAACUUGGGGAGCCCAUGUUCCGUUUGUAUCGGCAGGUUCGAAACAAACAACAAGCCAUCAAACGCAUGACAGAGAUCCAAAAAACCAUUGAUGGCUGGGAGGGGAAAGACAUUGGUCAGUGUUGCAACGAGUUCAUCUUGGAGGGAUAUCUGUUUCGAGCGGGUGCUAAACACGAGAGAUACAACUUCCUGUUUGAUGGCCUUAUGAUCAGCUGCAAGGCCAAUCAAAGUUUACGGCUUCCUGGGUCUGGUACCAGUGCAGAGUUCCGGCUCAAAGAGAAGUUUGUGCUGAGGAAGAUCCAAGUUAAGGACUACAAGGACUUUGAAAGGGUGGAUCUUCCAAAUGCUUUUGAACUAUCACUCAAUGACAUUAGCACAAUUUUUUGUGCAAGGACAUCAGAGGAGAAAACAUCCUGGUUGGCGGCGCUGUUUACUCUUCAGUACCGCUCCACUUUGGAUCGUAUGUUGGACACAGUGCUGCAAAACGAAGAGCAAGAACAUCCUCUGAGACUGCCCUCCCCUAAGUUUUACCAGUUUGCAGAGCAGGACUCUGAAGAAAAUAUAGUAUUUGAGGACACUGUGCAAAGCAAAACUGGUAUUCCUAUUAUUAAGGCUGGAACAGUGGUCAAACUUAUAGAGAGGCUCACCUAUCACAAGUAUGCUGAUCCAAACUUUGUUCGCACAUUUCUGACCACCUACCGAUCAUUCUGCAAACCACAGGAGCUUCUUACCCUGCUUAUAAACAGGAUCAAUAUUCCUGGAUCAGCAGAGAAAGAGAUAGAGGAAGAACGAAUGACUAUUUGGGAUGGCAAUCCGCCAACGACAACCGAACUCCAAAGGUUCAGAAAGGAGUAUGUGCAGCCUGUCCAGCUCAGGGUUCUCAACGUGUUCCGUCAGUGGGUCGAACAUCACUUCUAUGAUUUUGAAAACGACCCGGACCUGCGAGCUCAGUUGGAGAACUGCAUCGCCACUGAAAUUCAACUGCGAGGCAAGUCAAUGAAAAAGUGGGUGGAGUCCAUCAGUAAAAUCAUCCAGAGGAAACUCCAGACUCAGUCAAAUGGCAUCAGUCACAACAUCACCUUUGGGAAUCCUCCUCCUCCCAUCGAGUGGCACAUUUGUAGAGCCAACCAAGCAGACCAGUUUGAUCUCAUGACCCUUCACCCAAUAGAGAUCGCUCGCCAGCUGACACUGCUCGAGUCGGAGCUCUACAGAGCCGUCCGCCCAUCUGAACUGGUCGGCAGCGUCUGGACCAAAGAGGGAAAAGAAAAGAACUCUCCUAACCUGCUCCGCAUGAUCCGCCACACCACCAACCUGACGCUGUGGUUCGAAAAAUGUAUUGUGGAGACUAAGAACCUGGAGGAGAGGGUGGCGGUCUUAUUACGCGUCAUUGAGAUUCUGCAGGUUUUCCAAGAGCUCAACAACUUUAACGGUGUGCUGGAGGUGGUCAGUGCUGCCAACUCUUCCCCGGUCUACAGGCUAGACCACACCUUCGAGGCAAUACCAGAACGGAAGAGGAGAGUUCUAGAGGAGGCAGUGGAGCUCAGCAAAGACCAUUUCAAGAAAUAUUUAGCUAAACUCAAGUCCAUAAACCCGCCCUGCGUGCCUUUCUUUGGUAUCUAUUUAACCAACAUUCUGAAGACGGAGGAGGGCAACCCUGACUUCAAACGUGACGACCCUAAAUGUCCCGAUAAAGCUUUAAUCAACUUCAGCAAAAGGAAAAAAGUAGCUGAAAUAACAGGAGAGAUCCAGCAGUACCAGAACCAGCCCUACUGCCUGAAGGUGGAGCCAGAGAUCAGGAGGUUCUUUGAGAACCUGAACCCGAUGGGUGACAUGAGUGAGAAGGAAUUUGGGGACUACCUGUUCAGUUUGUCCUCAGAGAUUGAGCCUCGGAACUCCAAGCAGCCGCCGCGAUUUAACAAGAAGAUGACGUACAAUCUGAAAUCGCCGGGCAUCCGGCCCUUGCGAACAUCUACCUCUGGUACCCUGAAGGGCCACCCUGUCCCCCUGGAGAGGGAGCCCCCGCACAAGAUCACCUUCCGCAGUAUCGCCGAGGGCGACGUGGAAAUUUCGGCGUCCGCCUCGGUUCCCACUUCCCCCAACACACCAACCCCUCCACAGUCCGCCUCUUCUGACAUGAACUCGGUCUUCUUGAGCGACGAUCACAUCGGCGGCAGCAGCUCUUUAUUUGCUCCAGUUCAGUUGCCUCCGAAGUUCCAGUCUUUCUCGUGUAGCAGCCUGCACCAGCUUGGAGAGGAACCAAAGCCACCUCCUUUACCUCCUCGUAGGAAAGACCUAUUGUCUGAAGCAAAACUGAGCCCCUGUUCCAAGAGCCCUCCAGCUGUCCCUCCCCGAGUGCCUCGGCCAGUAGUCUACAACGGCCCCCCAACUCCUCCACCCCGAGAUCCUCUCCCACACACGCCUCCUCCUGUGCCCCAACGGCCCCCAGAGAUCUUCAUCAACUACCCCCAGCCUUCGCCCGUGGGCCGAUACCACUGGGAUUUUGGCAGCUCGCCGAACUCGCCCAACACCCCACCCAGCACGCCGUCCCCCCGGAUCCCCAGGCGAGGCUGUCCGCUCAGCGCCAGCCAGAACAGCCUCUGCUCUGUCAGUAACACCGGUCCACCUGUUCCCCCGCGCCAAAUCCCCAUCUCACCGAUUCCCAUCUCACAGAUCCCAAGACUCCCACCAAAGACUUAUAAAAGGGAGGCGCUGCAGCCACCGCUACAAGACCUCUCGCUGGUGGAGAACACCAACAGCAGCCAGUGAGUCUGCUCUGUAGCCAUGGAAACACAAACUUUGACACUGCUCCCACAAAGCUACUGAUCUGAACGAACAAACACUGCAAUGUCCACUCUAUACUCAGCCUGCUCCCACCUGCUGUGCCUCUCAGGUGAUCAGUAGCUCCACCUCCAUCAGAAACCCUCUGUGCCAAUGAUAACCCCACACCAGUGUGCCAGCUAAUAAACAUAAAGCGUUUGUGUCUGAGGAGUGGGACCUCUUCUGGUUAAACUCCUAACACUCUUCUCUUACUCCACGGCUCUCCUCUCUAACAGCAGGGAGGUGGGACUCUAAAGAGACUUGGACUUUGUGGCCUCAACUGUGCUUUUUUCUUCUGGGGGGGGGGGGGGGGGGGGGUGCAUUGACGUCAUCUGGAUUCCUGCUGCAGCUCGCAGAAAUUUACAGUCUCAACGAUCAGCUGAAUCAUUGUCCUUAUGGUGGGUGUGAGCGACAUGUUCAUUUGCUUUCCCUACCAGCUGAAGGCCGUUGCCAAAGUCUUAUUUUAUGCAGGGGAAAAGGGAUUUUCUUCUUUUUUUUUUUUUUUGCAAAUGUGACACUAAAAGACCCACGAACCAGAGGUGAACCCCCACUUUGUGUCUCAGCUGUACACUGUGACUGUAAAGUAGCAAAAGUCAAAUGGUUGUUUUGACUGUUUUUGUUUUGUUUGAAGCCUCUCCACAGCCACUAAAAGUUGCCUUUCAAAAUCCAACAGUUGUGACCUCUGACCCCCAGGCUCCAGUCCUAUCUGCCCAGAUGGGAACACGGGUGAGCACGAAAAACUCAUUUUGCACAAAUUUAGGGCAAAGUCAGCUGGUUUGGAUUCGACUAUUUAAAAAGAGAAGAAAAGAAAACGAUAAAUGACCCGCACUUGUAUAGUGCCUCUCAGAGUAAAGACUCCAAAGCGCUUUACACUACAGUGUAUCAUUCAUCCAUUCACACACACUGAUGGUGAUGAGCUACGAUGUAGCCACAGCUGCCCUGGGGCGCACUGACAGAGGCGAGGCUGCCGAGCACUGGCGCCACCGGUCCCUCCGACCACCACCAGCAGGCAAGGUGGGUUAAGUGUCUUGCCCAAGGACACAACAGCAGAAUUCUGUCCGGAGCCGGGAUCGAACCUGCAACCUUCCGAUUACUGGACAACCCUGUUGAGCUACUGCUGUCCACUACAGUGACAGAGGGACGCAGGACGAAGACGAGGACUUGUCCUGCUUUGCGCCAGCUGAUGUCUUCUUAACCAGUUCCCUUAAGGACACACACUGCUGUCUGACACUGCUCCACCAAGUUUGGCCAACUCGUCUUCAUUUUUAUCCGUUUUUUCUUGCACUGGAAACAUGCGUUCUCCCACCAAAGCAGGGCCAGCCUGCGCUCUCCCCACUGGCUGCUCCUGAUAUCCAAAACUCAAGAAAAAGAGGAACUUUUAACCCUGCUUCUUCAUCUGUAUCUUCUUCUCCCCCGCUUGAAACUUUUUUGUUUCACUUUGGAAAGACUGAAAAAAACCCAUGCAUCAUGCUCAGAUGUGCCUUUUUAGUUUGUUUUCUACUUGAUGGAAAUGGUGUCUAAAAGGCUUAAAGAUAAAGUUGCCUAUGUAAUGUUUAGAACAAAGCUCAACACUAUGAACCUGUACAUGUUUGUGCAUACUGUGUGUAUAUAUAACAUGUAUACACUUAACUAAAUAAUUUGUACAAAGUGACCCCCCCCCCCCCCCCCCCCCCCCCCCCCCCAUCAGCCAUUGCUCAGUCAGAUGUUUCCAUUGCUGCUAUGGUCAGUAACAACUAGAUUAAAUUACCGAUAAUCUCCACUGGUAGUCUUUACCAGGAAACUUCCUCACUGAUUAGGUGAUUGAAAUAACUCGCUCCAUAUGCCCAGCACUUAUUUAGAUACGUGCUUCACUUUGUACAUCCUACUAAAUGCCUUUUGUCUCCUUUUCAAAGACUUUCUGACACUUAUUGAAAGGAGGUCGAGUAGUAGAACGAAUAAAUUAGUUCAUUUGCUUUUUUUGGGGGGCGGGGAGCAGAAUGAAGAAUUGGAUGUUUUUCAAGAGAAACACACUUUGUGCACUUUAGGCUGUACUGUUGAGCCGGAGUUGUUGCAGGGAUGUUUGUAAACACAGUGACCCUGUGCAACUGUUAAAACUAGCUCUCUAUGAGGAUCGGGACAGAAAAAAAAGAAAACCACAUCUACCACCUCACUUUUACCCCUCGCGCUCUUUCUGGCUCUGAUGUUUGUAUGCAACACAAACACCGGAGGGUGCCUGACCAUCAUGGACAAAGGCCUAAAGAGAAAAAGCCACAGAUCAGAUCCGUCCUCCUCGUGCGCCGUGGUGUUUGGACCAGCACCAGAUGGAAGAACUCUUCAAUGUUUUGACCCGCAUUUAGCCUGUUUCCUACGUCUCUUGUGUCAGUAUUGGUGGCGUUAACCUAGCAAGGAUCUUUUUAGGGUUUCAUUUGUAGUUUUUUUAAAAAAUCCCAGUAGAAUACCAAGUUUGUUCUUUUCUUGACGGCACUGUAACGGUUUGAUCCAGCAAUCAGUUUAUUUGAUGGUAUGUGGCCUUUUAACUGCUUUGUAUUAAUGGUCUUGAUGAGAUUAAUAAAUCACCCAGUCUUAUUUUGUACUGAACUACUCA